AUGGAUCUAGGAUCAUCAUAUAUUUAUAUUUUAAUAAUUGGAAUUAUUAUUGGAAUAAUUCUAAUUUCAGGAUUAAUUUAUGGAUAUUUUAAAUUAAAACAAUGGAGAAAGAAUAAAGAAGAGGAAAAAGAAAGAUAUAUAUCUUUAUAUUCAAAACGUGAAAACGGGGAUGAAGUAGUUGGAAAACACUAUGCUCCUGUAGAUCAAAUAUCUAUUCCAAAGACAUACAAAAAAGCAACUGAAGAUUUUACCUCAGAUACAGACCAAUAA